GGAGGAAGGAAGCCCAGACCACAAUCUGUGCUCUCACACCCGAGCGAGCGGAGAGCUUGCUGAGAGCUGCAGCCAUCCUGCCAUCGAGGGGGGAAAUCCCCUUCACCCCUCCCCCAGGAAGCUUGCAUAGCAAGCAGCCUGCCUGGAACCGGCUGCUGCACGAACAGAGACGAGCAGAGGAACUGAGCUAAAUGCUGCUGAGGGAGGGGAAAAGACUCAUGAAUGACGAGGGGGAGGGAGCUGAUAUUGGGCACUAGGGCUCUGCGGCCCUCUGGGCUCCAUGCUGCUGAUAGCGAGAAAUGUGAGCUGGCUGCAUCACUGCAGUACCCACUGCAGACACACAGAGAGAGGGGGAGAGAGAGCAGCAAGGAACCAGCUCCCAGCACUGAGCAUCCUGGGGACAGGCUCCCUCACAGCUCCUGGGGAGAGCCUUCCACAGCAGCAGCCAGAGCAGCAAAGAGACCACCUCCAGCAGUGAGCAUCCCCAGGGGACAGGGUCCGCCAGCAACAGAAAGGAUUUGGCAAGGCCCUUGCUUCCAGCCAGCCCUGUAUCUGCUGUGCUGCCAAGGAUCUUGCCUUUGCAGAGAUGAUCCCAGGAAAGCUACUAGCAGAUGCUGCCGCCUCUUGUAAGGUUCUGCCAGUUCAGUAGCCUGCAGAUGCCGUGUGCACUUGCCGUCGCAGACAGUGUUGCAUCAGCAUCUUACCUGUCGAAGCAAAAUCCCAUCCUGCCCAGAGAGCAGGUUUGCUGUCAUACUGGUGCGAGGAGUCAAGGAGGCGAAAGCCCUGGGAAGAGGCAGUUGUCCUUCAUCAUUGCAGCCUGGAAGAGUCGCAUCCCUGGGAUCGAAGGUGCAGUCAGGAGCAGUCCCAGGGAACCUCCGCAGCAGGCCUGGCAGGGAGCUGGGCUCCCUCCUGAGCCCACUGGCCUGCAGAUAACCUCUAGUGACUGAGGCCUCCAGUCCGCUGGCAGUUUGCCUGGCCCAGAGAGAGGAGCCAGCCCCACAAGGCAGGAGCCUCCUUAAAUAACAGAGCUUUGCAGCCCCACAGCCCAUCCCAGCCUUUUCCUGCGAGUGGCUGCAGGGAAUGUGGAGCUGAGGCUGGGGCAGCGCGGCAGGUCUGAUCGGUGGCUACACCCCCUGCAUCCCCACCAACAGAGCAUGCCACUGCAAAGGUGAGCCCGGUCCGCUCCUCACCCCAGCAGGACGCUUCCUGGAUCUGGGUCUGGUGCCCAGCUACUACCCUGGGGCAGCUGCAGGCUCCGCGAACCUCAGUGACUGCGAGUGGGAGAGACGAAGUCAGAGCAAAGGAAUUCACACACACAUUCUUCAGCCCUGCCAGGAUCUUACCCAGAAAGAGGAGUACAGGCUGGGUGGGGGCAGGGCACCUGUGGAAAGGUGCAGGGAGCCCUCCUUGCAGGCUGCACUGAGCAUAUGCCUGGUGGGAGCUGUCCUGGGAUGAACUGGAGCCCUGACUCAUCUGCUCCAGGGCCAGGAGAGAGCCUGGCUGUCCCUAAGCCUCUUGCCUGAGUUUGCUAUUUCCAGCUGAUGAUGAUCUGGCUUGGAAAGCGAGAGCACACAGAGAGUGGGAGAUCUCUCCAUGACAGGGCUGCCACAGGAUUAAGCAUCUGAGAAAGGCACUGCGGGGAGGAAGAACUUUGAUCAUUAGAUUGGAACCUAGGAGCAGAAAGGCUCCGCUCAGCAGAAUGCUGCUGUGACUGCAGCCACUUCCUGUGCACGCCUCCAUCUGCGGAAGCAGCACCUCUAGGAAUGCGGGGGAAGCUGGGGUUACUGGAAUCCAGAGGGAACUUGGUUGCCUAGAGCUGCACCUUUCUCCCAGGAUGUGCCCCUGCUCCAGCGGCUUUCUCCAGCCCUAUCGCUUCACUGCCCGAACACGAUUGAAAGCUCUGCAUGCUGCCGGCGUGUUCUAGCCUCAUGCAGGCUCCCCUUGCAGAGCCCAGAGCAGCGGACAGCAAUGUGAAAACCAUCCUCAUGUCGUGUCUCAAAGGGCAACAAGUCAUCAUCAAAAUGGAGGCGAUGAAGAUCAUCCACCCAGAGAAGUUCUCGGAACUCCAGGCCUCCCAGCCGCGCUACACCUCAGCGCCCCGCCGGGAGCCCCCCCUCGUGGCCAAGCGUGCCUGGCCAUCAGAGUCCGAGAUCAUUGUCAAUCAGGCUUGCGGGGACAUCCCUGCCCUGGACAGUAAUCCUGGCUCUCUGGGGCUGCCCCGGACUCCGCCCCUGCCGCGGCGAGAGCGAAUAUACCAAGGGCAGCGCAAGGGCAGCUCAGAGGUCUGUUACCACCGCCAGCCGCCCUCAGACGAGGUGAUCGUUAACCAGUACGUUCUGCACCCCUCCACACCGUGCGAGCCCCUCGAGUGCCCCACCUGCGGCCACAUGUACAACUUCACCAACAAGCGGCCCCGCAUCCUCUCCUGCCUGCACUCGGUGUGCGAGGAGUGCCUGCAGAUCCUCUAUGAGUCCUGCCCCAAGUACAAGUUCAUCUCCUGCCCCACCUGCAAGCGGGAAACCGUGCUCUUCACCGACUACGGGCUGGCCGCUCUGGCAGUGAACACCAGUAUCCUGAACAGACUGCCGGCUGAGGCCCUGGCUGCCAACCCCGUGCAGUGGAGCAGCGACGCCGACCGCAGCUGCUACCAGACCUUCCGCCAGUACUGCGGCGCUGCCUGCACCUGCCACAUCCGAAAUCCACUGUCUUCCUGCACCAUCAUGUAACCUGUGCACCCCGCCCUGCCUAGCUCUGCACCGCCUCCCUGCCCCGGGGGCCGGACAGCGUGAGAGAAGCCUACGGACCAGUCCCAGGGGAUGACAGGACCGAGUGAGGGUGGCAGGUCUGACUAGCUCCCCUGGCACUGCAGGUGCUAUACACAUCAUCCCCCGGCCCAGCUCCCCGCUCCAGCACAGGGCAUCCCCACCUGCUCAGUGCUCAAGUUUAGGUGGGGGCUGCUGGGAACACAGCCCCCUUGGUAAUAUGAAGCCAUUGGCCUAGCAGAGGUGCUCCCCUUGGGCCUGGCAGUGCUCCAGAGCAAGGGACAUUCCUAUCCUGCGGCUCACGGUCCCCCUGUGCAUCUGGACAGGUGCCACCCAGCCCGCUGUGCUCACUCCCUGGGCAGCUUGCUUCCUGUCCCCUUCCCCUGGCUCUGUGGCCUGGUCAGGGUGGAGCAGCUCCGCCCAGGCGCAGCCCCACCACUGGCCUGGCUGACCCACGGCGCUGGCGCCCCCAUGCUGCUCAGCCCACGCAACCUACAGAGGUGACACAGGUGGAGAGCCUGGGAGCUUCCCAGGGCUGAACUGGGCUGCACGUGAGACCUGAACCUGCCUCCCACAGGGAUGGGAUGGGGAGGUUGCCACACGUCAGUCAGACCCUCUCUGCAUUAUUUGCCAAAGCUUUCAUCUCAGUGGCCAAGCUGGCAUGCGUCAAAGUAACUGCAGCCAAUUAAACCCGUUGCCAUUGGCCUCCCAUUAUUAACGGACGUAGCCCAUUUCCUCCACAGGCCCUCCAGGAAAGCUCCCAUUUGUCCUCGUUUUGGAGGAUCUUUGUUUGCCCAUCCCUGUCUGGGGACGCCCCAUCCUUUGGGUGGUUCGUGUUAAUAAAGGCAUUGAGUUGUGAUCCUUCUUCCAUGGGUUCUGUAUGUCUCUGGGAGGGGAGGGACCUGCGGAUCUCCUUGCUCAGCCUUUCUGCUCCAUGCUGCCAGGUGCGCAGUAGUGCAGAGGCUGAAGACUUUACAAAGUGUGCCAUGCCAUGUUCCUCCCUUCUACCCCUCCAGCAAGGCUUCUGUUCCCCAGUAGGGCAGCCCAGGAGUGAGGGCCCCAGAGGGUAUCUGGCUAGCAAGCCAAGGCCACCAAAGCCCCUUGUUCUACAGACUGCAGAGGAUGGGGUGACCAGUCGGACUAUGACAGCGUCCCUGUCCCCAAAGGGGCAGUGGUGAGAGUGGCUACCCAGCACCAUGCCCUCUGUUAUCUCUCACACAGGUGGGAGAGCAGGGAAGCAGCUGCCCUGCUUGGAGAUUUUAUCUCUUCAGAACAUUUUGGGGAGAGCUUGCUGCAAAAAAGCAAAAAAUAAGAAAAGAAAAAAAGAAUAAAACAAGCCAUAAGCUGCGAGGUACGGAGGUGCGAGGGAGCUGAAUGCAUACUCCCUGGGGAAUGCUGCCCAGGGUUGGGCCCAGAUCAGCCAGGAUCUGGGCCCAAGUGAGCUCUGGACACGCAGCUCAGCUCACCCCACAAAUGUCGGUGUGAGUUUGUGCCUACUUAUUACACUGCCACAGCCCCAAGAGCCAAACGUUCAGCGGAGAGGCUCAACCACCCCCCUCUCCAGGGGGCCCAGAGCUGGCCUCGGUGCCGUUAGGGAGAGGGAAGGUGAGAGCCAGCAAGCAGCCCUGCAGGGUCCCUGGGGAAGAUACUGCAGACAACCCCCCUGGCUCACAGCCAGAGCGUGAGCACUCCCUGUAGCCCCGCCAAGGGUGGAGGAGAGUCCCGAGAGGCCAUGCUCACUGGGCAGUGGUGGGACAGGGCUGGGGAGAGCACUGAGAACAGGGCCUGACAUUGUUUCAUUUUCGCUCUGCCGAUUCCUCCUGUCGCUGGUUGUGACGAUGCUCCUGUUUUCUACCUGGCCUUGUUAAUCCCUGCUCCAUCUCCCAAAUAAAGAUUAUACUGGAACGAA